GUGAUAGUGGUCUAGUUGGCUGCCAGUGGCAAACCGGUCUGCGUCAGUCCCUCCGCAGAAAACAGUAACCACAUCCAUUUUAAACAAAAAAUUCCAUCCUAAGUCAAUUCAAUUAAAUUCAUUCAAAUGAAUAGCGCAUUCGUUCAUUUCCGCAAUUUUUAAACUGUUCUGUACCGAGCACAGUGGCCAGGAGGUGGAGAUUUUUUUCCUUAAGAACACAUACGAAACACUAUCACUAUGAGCCUCAAUACCUUGUGGGAAGCCGCUAAAUUCCUGGAGAUGCAGGAACGAAAAGAGAAGCGAACACUAGCAACCAUAGAUGCUGCGUUAUCAGCGACAACGGUCGUGGCCACAACAACCAAAACCCACAAUAAUAGCGUAAUACAGAGCAAUUCGCUCUCUAUAAACCAACAGGCGUUGGUGAUAGCAACGUCGCAUCUACCUGGUGCGACGCAUAGCGUCAUCCAAACACCAGUGCCGUCCACUACUCCACCGGACAUAGGUCCGGAGAAGAAGAUGGACGUCAACAGAAGGUUUAUCCAAAAUAGUUUCGAUAUAAUAAAUCCACUUUAUAUCGACGAAAAGAGUAACGUUGCUAAGAGGAAACCUCCCCCUCUUGUAUUCAGGGCGGGUACUCGGGAGGUACAUAAUAAAUUAGAGAAACACAGAAGGGCUCAUCUAAAAGAAUGUUUCGAUAUUUUGAAGAAACAGUUGCCAGCGUCUCCUGAUGAGAAGAAGUCCUCGAAUUUGAAUAUUUUGCAUUCAGCAAUAAGAUAUAUUCAAGUGUUGAGAAAGAGAGAGAUGGACCUCGAACAAGAAAUGGAGAGGUUGGCCAGAGAGAAAAUCUCAUGGCAAAGCAAACUGACUCAACUGAAAAAAGACCUUUCUUCACAUUAUGAGAAUGUCGAUUUUAACCGCCUCCUGGCCGAUGUUGUGCCUACUACACCUGAGGACAACCAUAGAGACUCCUCUGAGCAUGGAUCCAGCAUUUUCGAUAUGAGAGACGAGGAUUCUAGGUCUGACUACAUGGACGACCAGCCUCAUCCUCAGGUCACCAAUGGUGUUAAAAAACUGUCACUACCAAUUUUGCCAAGCAAAAGUCAAGGAACUGUAGCAAGCACUCUUGCGUCCUUAAAAGAUGUACAGCAGCCUGUUCAGACUGCUCUAUCAGUUUUACCUGUCGGAUAUCCACUUAACCAGGGAUUGGUACUUCAGAAACUAGCAAUAGUUCCCAAAGGUAUCACCGACCUUUCGCCAUUGGUACCAACUUUCAUUACACAACAACAAUUGAAUGGAAAAGUGGUGCCUCUAGUAAACGCUCAGUACGUUGUAGGAAAAUGCCCCUUGGUCGUUGUUAGCACGGCUAAUCCAAGACCCAGUUAGAACACGAAUGUGACAAAUAAAUGGUUCGAGGCCCCUUUAACCUGUGGAUUAAUCACUGCAGAAAAAACUUCGCACAGUGUUAAAUUCAUGAUUUUUCACUCUGAGCUGUUUUUUCAGUUUGUUCAAGACUAUUUCUCAAAAGUUUCAGGGGUUCGAAAAAUUUACAUUCCCUAUCAAAAAUGUUUCAUCAAAUUUAGGCCUCAAACACAAAAUUUUUUUCAAAGUGAUUCAUUUAUAUUGUUCAUAACUUUCCUAUCGAAAAUGUUUCAUCAAAUUUAAGCCUCAAACACAAUUUAUUUUUUAGGUUAUCCAUUUAUAUUGUUCAUAACUUCAAGGACAAUUUCUUGAAUUAGUUUUUCGAAAAUAUUUAAUCAAAAUUAGGCCUCAAACACAUUUUUUUAGGGUGAUUCAUUUAUAUUGUUCAUAACUUAAGGGUAUAAUUCCCUAAAUUAGUUUUUCGAAAAUAUUCUAUCAAAUUUAGGCCUUAAACAAAAAUUUUUUUGAUGUGAUUCAUUUAUAUUGUUCAUAACUUCAAGAUACAAUUCCUUGAAUUAGUUUUUCGAAAAUAUUUCAUCAUAUUUAGGCCUUAAACACAAUUUUUUUUAUGUGAUUCAUUUAUACUGUUCAUAACUUAAGGGUAUAAUUCCUUAAAUUAGUUUUUCGAAAAUAUUCUAUCAAAUUUAGGCCUCAAACAAAAAUUUUUUCGAGGUGAUUCAUUUAUAUUGUUCAUAACUUCAAGGUACAAUUCCUUGAAUUAGUUUUUCGAAAAUGUUUCAUCAAAUUUAGGCCUUAAACACAAUUUUUUUAAUGUGAUUCAUUUAAACUGUUCAUAACUUCAAGGUACAAUUCCUUGAAUUAUCACUUGAUGAGAAUUGUAUUUAGAAAAAUUUUAAGUAUUGAUUUGUGGAAAUGAAUCCAACAGAUUUUAAUGAAAUUAAUUCCUGAACAAUUGAUGUUUGCCAAAAACUUAUCGUUCUGUCUCUCUUUGUUAUAUCUGAGUAAUAUUUUAACCAUAGUUAGGCUAGAGAGACUAGAACUUGUGCAAGUAUAGAGAUUCAAUUAUUACUGUGUCUCUAAAUAACGUUAGAUACAGUACUUUCAACUGUUCACUCAAUAAAAAAAAAUAAUUGAAAAGUACCUAUUCAACUUGAAAAACUAUAAAUUUCAUUAAAAUCAUUGGAAGCAUUCUUCUAUGAAUUAAUCGAACCAAUUUCUAAAGCAGAUUCAAUAUCCUGUGUAUCCAAAAUAAAUAUAUACGGACAUAAUAUGUCAUUGUUGCCGAAACAGAGGGAUCUCCUACUUCAGAGGAAACCUUUGAACAAACUGAGAAUUCACCAUUCAUUUCAAACUUUAAUAUGAAUUUAAUUUUAAAAUUGAACUAGCAGUUCAGAUAUUUAUUUGUAUAUAAUUAUUGGAACCGAAAAUACUGCACAAAUUAAUUUUUUUUUAUUUUAAGUUCCGAAUUAAUGUUUGAAAAAUUAUAUUUCAUCCUUAACUUUUGUUACAUUUGUUUACUGUUUUUGUUUUAAUUGUUUAGGAUGUAUUUGUUUUGAAAAAAUUGUCUCCUUGAAUAAUUGACCUGAAUUUGUAACAUUGUUUGAAAGCUGAUAGGUUCUAUCUGAUUUGGCUGUGAAAUGAAGAAAUUUAGUUAAAAUGAAUAUGUUAUUUACUCUUUUUUAUUCAGUUUCGUAUUUUGAACUGUUUCACAUGUUUUACUGUUUAAGAAUUUUAAAAAACGUUAAUCUUAGGUUAACUUUCUAGUCUUCAAUUUUCUACAUGAUUUUUAGGUUUAUUUGAACUUGUUCAAAAUAUGAAAUUAUGAUUGGGCUUAUUUGGCUUUGGACAAUUGUGGAAGGAUUUUGAGUAUAUCUGAAAGCCUUGUAGGCCAAAAGUUAUAAUAGCCUUAGAGCUGUUUUCAUAACAAACUAAAGAAUAUUUUGUUAAAAUUAUCAUAAAAGAUCAUUGAACAGUGGAUUGUUAAUGCUUACUAUACUAAAAUUUCAAAUUUGUUAUUAUAUUGAAACUGUUUUAGAAAAUGGCUGAUAAGUCUUCUGGAUGUGCUCAGAAUAAACUCGUAAAAGCUUGUAUAAAUCACGAAAAGAUUCUCUAGUAGUCUAUUGACUUUAUCUAUGGAAAAUCACAGAAAAAAUUAAUUAAAACUGAGUAAUGCCUGAUCAGAUCUAUUCCUCAUAGUUCGAGGUGUUGUCAAAAUUUACAACUCAAUUUGACUUAAUUUUGAUAUAGUUCUCUAAAUUAUCAACCGCUGGAAAGAAACCUAUUUUAAUCUUGAAAACUAUUUAUUAUGUCUUUCACAAACAUUUUUAUAACUUAUGAGUGUAAUUUUAAAAUAAUAUCAUUUUAUGUGGUGAUCAUGUAUAAUAUUGUAACUGUGCAAAGUUCUUUCUUCAAAGCAAAAAACAAAACUUAUAUAUUAUUACACCAAUUCACUACUGUUUUGAAUUUAAAUAACUUCUGAAAUUACCGGAAAACUUAAUUUUUGUUAAGUUAGAAUUGAUAUUGAGGUGGAUCCCAUAGUAUGAUUGUGAUAAUUUGGUAACAUUUUGCCAGUUUUUACGAAUAUAAAUGAUUCCUCUACUAUAUUUUAAUUUAACUGACAAAUGUUACUUUGAAAAAAUCCAAAUUCAAAGUAAGGUACAGUUAAAUACUGACCUUUCAAGAUCUCUAAAACGUAUUAUUUCCUUAGUCUUUAAUUUUAAUUUAACUAAAGUUUAUAUUGUAAAUAUUUAAAAUGUUUAAAAGCAAAAAGUGGUGUAUGAACUUUUACAAUGACGGAUUGGAAAAUUUACUGAAAGAUAAAUUAUUUUUAACAUAUUUUUUAGCAAUAUGAUUCUGUUUAUAUUAGUGAACUAUUUUUUGUAUAUAGAUAGAAAUUUGUAAAUAUUGAUAGGAAAAAAGUAAUUUUGCCAAUCAACUGUAAAUACCUGAAUGUACUGAAUAUUUCAGUAUGAUUUAAAAAAAAAAUUAAAAUAAAAAUAUAAAAAUUG